AUGAAUUUGUUACCCCCAAAAUAUGUGCCAACUACCCCAAGAAUUGUGCCACAAAUUGGUGUUCCGAAAGUGAUUCCCAAUUCGAUAACUGGGUUCUUCGGACAGAUGAAGACGGAGACUGGAUCUACAACUGUGGCUGCAGAUGAUACACAGUUCCUCGUCACCAGCCCAAGGACGAUGCGGAUUCCUUAUACGGAAAUGCCUUCUUUAUUACCGGGUAUAGUGGACCCUUCGGAUAUUUAUCCGGACGGACCUCCGUCUUCUGAUGGAGUACCAGCCGAUUACAGUGAGUUUCACCAUCAUGUGAACUCACCUUCUCAUGGUAUGCCGUCUAUUGUGCUACCUGGUGAUUAUCCUGAAGAUUUCGAUAAUCCGUAUGGUUCCAAACCUGACUAUGUAGAUGACCCUGGGCCUGGGCCAGACUUACAGCAUCCAGUACAGCAUGCAGGUCUUCCGCGGAAGCUGGAGGUCUUCCCUCUACCACGGAAGGCAGAACAUGAGCUCAAGUUUAAUGUAUCGUGGAUACCUUCCUUAGUCACAAACCCCGUAGAUGAGCAGUGUGCCAUUCGCCCCGGCUGUGCCUACAUGGUGCGACUAAUCGCACAUCCCUGGGACGGACACACCUCUGCUAAUAUGCAUGUAGAACUAGAUGAAUGCGUGGUAGGAGUAUGCUCAUGUGCUUACCGUCUCCGACUUCCUGAACCCUCGGUUACUGCUCAGACUGUUACAGUUAAAGGUGAAAUGUACGCCAAUAUAAGCUGGACUCUGCCCAAACCCAGCUUCCCACAAAGACUGCCGUCCCCUAAGCUGGGCAAGAAAAGCUAUGUUGUAAGUCUGGGCAAGCAGAUGGUGUCAGACGCUCACCCAGCUCCUUGGUUCGCGAAUAUGAUCGCUCGUACCGUGGACGCCGACGGCCUAGUAGCACAGGGUGACACCACUCAUUACCUUCUCCUACCAGCCAGCGAGCUCAGUGCUGAACGCAGCGAUGAGCGGAGCGGGGACGAUGAACGGAGAAAACGGCCGCGACACUUCCCGCCUAAAGUUAAAUUGUUAGCUAGAGUCAGUUUGAUAGAUGAGAGAGGGUGUAAUGGGCCUGCUGGAAACGCUACCGCUUAUGAUCCUGCGGUAGCGGCGGCAGCCUCGAGUAAAUUUUCUUUUGGAACCUAUGCGAUCCUAGGCGCCUUACUUGGUGCUUGGGCGAUGGGUGCAGUGUUCGUUCUAAGCGCUCGCGUAGUAAAACGCGUACUGAAGUCAUUCCGCCCCGCUCCCGUCUCCGCUCCGCUUGAGCCACUGCGUCGUAGGCCUGCCUGGUUCCCGCUGCAGCUGCGUGGGUAA